CCUGGCUUUUCGAAUGAGAAUGCGCUGGGACUGGGCAAAGCAGAGCUUGCGCUUGGAAAAAAGAAGGAAGCAUGUGACAGUUUCCUAAAAGCAAAAACAUUAACGCCACGCUUCAGGAAUGAGCAUAAGAUCGGCGUGCAAGCUCGAGAGCUUUUAUUGAAAAAGUGUGGCAUGCGUUUGGAAGAUAUCCCGGAUUCGGCGAGCCCCUUCUGA